UACGCAGUUGGUGACGUCAGGACGUGAUCACGCAACCCAGAGUCACGUGAACCGUUUCACAUAUGUAAAUGUUUUAAUAACCUGUUUUCGGUCUUUUUUGCAGUGAAAUUUCUUGCUGCUGAAUUUGAAAGUGCACUUUAAUCUUCAGCCAUCCAACAUGGACGAGGACGGGCUGCCCAUCGUGGGCUCUGGAGUCGACCUUACCAAGGUUCCUGCGAUCCAGCAGAGAAAAAUUGUUGCCUAUCUCAAUCAGUUUGUUGCACACACAGUCCGCUUCCUUAACCGCUUUUCCACAGUGUGUGAAGAGAAACUUGCAAACAUAUCUCUUCGCAUACAGCAAAUAGAAACCAGCCUGUGCAUUUUGGAGGCCAAGUUGUCUUCCAUUCCUGGACUGGAGGACGUCACAGUCGAAGGACUCAGUAAGCAGCAGACUGCACAGGCCAAUGGACCCAUCAUCCCCAAUCAGAGCCAAAUCGAUGGUCCAGUAGCAGCGCCUCAAGAAGAGCCUGCUCAGACCACACCAGAAGCUUCAGCGACGCAAAAAGCAGAAGCGGCUGCAGAGAACGUCAUGACGGUGGCCAAAGACCCGCGCUAUGCCCGAUACCUGAAAAUGGUUCAAGUGGGGGUUCCGGUGAUGGCCAUACGGAAUAAAAUGGUCAUGGAGGGUUUGGAUCCCAAUCUGCUUGACACACCUGAUGCCCCCGUGCCCGACGGAGGAACGAAGACCUCGGAGGACCAAGACGCUGCCGGCAGCAACUCUGAUAGUGAAUCAUCUUUUAGUGACUGAAAUUGCUUAUUUGUCCUCAACACACAAAGUUUCCUCAUCCAUCGCCGUCUGCACAGCUUUAGGCCCGUAGCGAGGAAGUAUGAGGUACCUGUUAAGGGCUUCGAAGGAGGUGGUGUGAAUGUAGGUGCCUGAAACAGGAAAUCCAAAUUGAGUGACUGUAGUUUCAGUUUAAAAGAGCUGAACUGGUUCUCCUGUUUGGUCAAUCAGUGACCUUUAUUUUUGAAAAAACAUUUUUUUCUCAUAAAUUACUUUUCAAGAGGAGGAGAUCAUUUUUUCUCUUAAUCAUAUAAGCAGCAGUCAGAAGAUGACAGUAGCAAGUGUUUUAACAAAACCAAACCAUAUCACAUAGAGGUCUUCUGUGGUAGUUGCACCACUGACUAAUCACUAAUGUCUAAUCUCUGAAAUGUUGUGUUCACACCAGCUGCAGAGAAUAUAGCUGGAAACCCAUGAACAUUCACUCUUAACAACCAGCAGGAUGAGAAGGAAUCAAGUUACAGUACAUUAAUUUAGAACUUAUCAUAAUGUCCCAAAAAUUUACUCAUGUUCAUCUAAACCUUCUCCUUUUUCCUGUCUCUGUUUCAAAGCAAAGUUCAACUAUACAGCUCGAGAUUACCUCAAGUUUGUCUUUUAUUUCUUAUCGGCACUGAGGAGAAUCUGAGGUCAUGUAGCAUGAAGUGAACGUUUUGGUAAAGUUUACAUAUUUUAACUACUCCCCUCAGCUCACAUCAGUUCUAUGGAAGCUUAUUACUGCCAGUGAAUUUUUUCCCAUUGAUAACUCAGACUUUUGGAACCUAAUUAAAGUUUUAAAAAUGAAAUUAAAAAUUGAAAUUAAAAUAAGUUUUUUUUGAGUGGCGAAAACGAGCUUCCAUAGAUUUCGCCUCUGCAUAAACUUUGUAUGUAAUUUGAAUUUGGUGUGGAUGCACAAUAAACCAGUACACCCUUUCUUCUUGCAGAUUUCAGGCAAAAUAGGAAGAACAAAUAUGUUGGUAUUUUCAAUGUUGGAUAUGUUCGUGUGCAUUCAGGGUUAAAUUAAAUCUUUGGAUCUU